UGUAAUAUUACUUCAUGUUAUUUUUCUUUCAGCUCCUGAGAAGUAUGAUAUACCUUGUUCUCAGAUGACUCAACCGUCACAGACACCACUUUCUCAGUUUAGAGGAGCUAUUACGUCUCCUCUAAUUCGGGCACAUGCCUUUGUAGCUCUGGGAAAACUUUGCCUUCAAAACGAAGAUUUUGCAAAGAAGUCUGUAGCUGCUCUGGCAAAAGAAUUAGAGUGUAGUGAAGAUCCUACUAUUAGAAACAACGUAGUUGUGAUAAUGGCUGAUUUAUGUGUGCGUUACACUAUUCUGGUCGAUCCUUACGUAUCUUCAUUUAUUAUUACGUCGACAUCCACAUAUUUUUUAUCAGCAUUUGUAGAAUGCAUAUUUUAUUUCAAUUGUUACCUUUCUCAUGACACGUACAAUAAGUUUAAUCAGACUACUCGUGAACUUCAGUUGUUCUCCCUCCAAGGAAGUGAUAAUCAGGAGAAGAGAAUGACACUUUACAGAUUCAUGUUGGAAAACAUUAAUGAUGAGGAACGUUUCUAUCUGAAUUUGAAGCUGUGCCAGGACGUUCUCAGUGCUGUUACAGAUGGAAUUAUUCCACUGAGCCAGGAGAGUGAUGGUUUGAUUCAAGAUGCACUCGCUAUUUUAUGUUGUGAAGAAAUCAAGUUAUCAAGUUUAACUACAUCUGUACAGGAUGAAGUAGAAGAUGGAGAUAUGGCUGGAGCUAUUGUUGCGACUGCUAAGAAAACCAUUAUUUCUCAGGUAGUAAAGAGAAACGUUAUAGAGAAUGUUGUUCCCAUUGUUAUUAGUCUAAAACAUCGUCUGGAAGAGAACAAGUCUCCAUUGUUGAAAGAUUUGAUGUUGUUCCUGAGAGAACUGAUGAAAGACUAUAAAUCAGAAGUAAAAGAAAUAAUGUCGGCAGACAAACAACUUGCUAAUGAGAUUGAAUUUGAUCUUCGUCGUUUUGAACAACAACAAGAAGAAGAAAAACAAGAAAAAAGAAAUAUUGAAAAUGCUUUAAUGCAGAAAAACUCGAGGAAAGCAUCAGAAAAAGGUAACACACCUAAGCCAGCAGCUACAAGUAGUAUUAAUUCUCCUGAACUAGCCACUCCACACAAUGUUUUCAGAAUUAACACACCAAAAAGUAAUUUGAUGAAUUCGGUGAAGAAAGCUCUGGAGGCAGCAAAGCUAGUCUCUUCUCAAAGACGGUUGUCAAGAGCAAAAGGUUCGAGAAGCACUUGUAAUGAAAUUGGUUCUCCAAAUCUAUCUCAUAGACAACAGGAUGCACUAAAAAGAGUAAGUCUGUCCAGUUUUCCAGUUGUUUUGUUAGACAGAAUGGAUGUAGAGGCAGCUCAAGCAAAACUUCAGGAAAUGAGGGUACAUUCACCUAAAAAGGCUGAUGAAGUAAGGAAUAGGAACAGAGUUCGAGAACACUCUCAAACUCCAAGCCAUCACACCCCAAGGAAAAGUGUUAUUUCUUCAGUUUUGAAGCGGGCAAUUAGCACUCCUUCUGGUGUGAUUAGUAACAUAACCUUUCAAAAUCCUCUUGAUAUCAGUGCUAUUCCCUAUGUCACAUCAGAGUGUGAGAAAACGGAGGAAGAUGAAGACAGCUCAACUCCUUCGAUUCUGCUCCAUCUCCAGUCUCCAGAAGUCCUUCGUAAGCCUCGAAUGUGGCACUUGAAAACGUGAACUUACUCUGAGAAACAAGAAACCUCGGCUUUGGUUUUAUUACGCAUGUACAUAUGUUAUGUGAAUAGUGUUUGGACUUAGGGCACCUUGAAGAUGUCUGGCUGAUUAGGGUUUAAAUGGUUUUAUGAUUUUUUUUUUACAUUCAUGCUGGUAGUGUUAGAACAGAUUGUGUUUUUAAAGUGUAAUAUUUGACUUUAUAAGAGUGUAUAGUGAGAGAAUUUCUCAAUUUUUAAAUAAAAUAUACUUAAAGAAUUGGUUAAAGUUCUCAGCUUGACAUGAAUUUUCAGGUUUGUGUAAUUUAAUUUAUACAGAUAUACAUUACUCUUUGUCCCUGUUACUAGUUAUCUCUCAGAUUCCUGUUAGAUCUUUCCUUACUUGUGGACAUCUCUCAGGUUUCUGUUAGACCUUUCCUUACUUGUGGACAUCUCU